AAUACAUAAAACAAUAGUUUUUUUAUCUACAAAAUUUUGGAACAAAAGUUUUGAAAUCCGCCCUCCAUUUUUAUCGCUCGUGUCGCUUGUGUGAUAAUAUAACAAAAAAAAUAAUAUGCAAUUAGUUAUAGAUUAAGUGAAAGUUUAUUUAUUUGGGUAACACACUGAUUAACCUAUGGAUAAACCAAAGGAAGACGUGCAUGUGAAAAGAAGUAACUCUCAAAAGAAGACUUAUAAAGACUUUUGGAGACAACGCAAAGCGCUCCCUCAAUUUCAAACAGAAAAACCAGCAUCUUUAGAACGAAAUAAAACUUUCAUUAAGCCCGAAAACCAAACGGCAGACGACAAUUUAGCUAUGCUACGUGCAGAGGACGUUAAGGACGAAUUUCUCGUCUGCAGCAUUUGCACGCACGAGUUUGAUGAGGAUACGCACGUGCCGAGAAUUUUGCCAUGCCUGCAUACAUUCUGUCAGGACUGUUUAAGGAAGAUUAUUAAAGCUAAAUCAAUGGAAUGUCCACUAUGUAAACAAAAUCACGAUCUCCCACAGGGCGGAAUCACCGGUUUUGCAAAAGAUACGACCAGACGAAAUCUGAUUGACUUUAUCAAAGUGCGAAAGCGUUCAUCGGAGAUUCUGUGUAAGGAUUGCCCCGAAGAUCAAACAGCUACAGAUUUCUGCAAGGAAUGUUAUAUAUUUAUGUGUCCUGAUUGUACUAGAGCACAUAAAAGAAGCCUGGCAUCAAGAAAACACGCGGUAUUAACAAUCAAAGAGCUACAAAAUUCCGGUAUUGACGUAUUUCGUCGAAAGCUCGUCUGCAACAAGUCCGGUCACGAAGGGCAACAACUCGCCUUUUACUGCACAUCGCCCGGAUGUGAAACUUCAAUAUGCACCGCGUGUACGGUAUGUGACCACGAGAAAAAUAAAGGUCAUCAAAUAAUCAACGUGCAAGAUUUAUACAAAGUCAAAAAAGAGGAGUUAGGUCAUUUGUUCAAAACGUUAGAAGAAGACAUGUCGUCUGCAAAAUUCAUUUUGCAGCAGACGGAACAAGAGUUACUAAAUUUAGACAUUAAAGAGCUCGAGAUUGAAAAAGACAUAGAUGACGUAUUCGAAAGGUGCCAAAAGACACUAUUAAAACGUCAACGUGCUUUAAAAGAUCAGCUGGCAUCGAUUUGUGAACAGAAGAAAAGUGGUAUUCAGCGGCACAUAGAAAUUAUUGAAAACUAUUUAGAUGGCGCUGCCAACGCUAAAGAUUUUUCACUCCAUGUUUUAAAUCAUACAGACCCGACAGAGUUUGUUCCCCUGCAUACAACACUGUUACAUAGACUUCAGAAUAUGUCUGCAUUAAAGUUUGACCGACAAGUUUUAAGUAUAGAAAGUCCGGUUUUUGAUAACACCCGCACAGAGUCAGAAUUCCAGGUAUUUACGAAAUCCAUGGGGGACAUUUCCACUGUCACGCAGAAGAAAAAACUUGCAAUAUCACGUGGUCAUACUCACAUUGGAGCGUCGUCUGCAUCAACUACACGCCAGAUUGCAGACGACAAGCGUUUCGGAGAUAUAUCUUGUCCAUCAUUCUACUUUGACUCCGAGACUGUGCACCAGUACCGUGAAAUCAGUGAUAAUCGACGAGUCCUUCGUAACUAUUCCACCGUACAAAAACAGGGCAUCAUCCCAGGCAGCAGGAAGCUGAAAAAAUACCGCGGUGUUCUGGCUAGUAGAGCAUUCCACGUUCCAGGAAAAUUCUACUUUGAAAUACUUAUAACAUACAAUAUUGUUCGUCCUUUAGAUAACAUCAACUUUGUGUUUGAAGUCGGAGCCAGUCGCCGUGGUGACAUUGAUCAUAAUUAUUACGUGUAUGAUCAGCCAAACGCUUGGUCCUUCUGUGGACAACAUUGUGAUGAUCAUAAACAGGUGUGUAUCUGGUGCCGUCAUAACGGAUACAAUCUUGCGCACUUACCACUUACCCCAAACACACCUGGUACGACACUGGCGCGUACAUUUGGAUUCAUUUUAGACGCUGACAGAAGCAAAUUCUCUAUUGUAGAUGUAACAAGAAAGAGAAAGUUACAUACCUUCCAAGGUGUGGAUUUCAGUCAUGGACUCUGGCCGGUGUUUGGCUGCCACUGGCCCAGCAAAGUAAAACUUGAAAUGUUACUGAAAACUGGAAGAGAUAUAGAAAAGGUUCCGGAAUUUAUUCAUUCAAUUUAACAUUUUGCAAGCGGAAAGCAGUGAUAAUUUUAAAAACCUUAGUGGAACAGAAAGUUUUACGGAUGUACAAUUAUAAAAAGAGGACGGAUUUACUUCCGUAAGAAUCAUUUUAAUCAAAUGGAUGAACUUAGAAGGAUAUUGAAAAAACAGAUAUAUCAAUACACUUAAAACAUAAAAUAUGAAAAUAAUGACCAUGUUGAUAAAGUUAUCAAACGAUUUUGUAGUUAUUAACUUCUUCUGGUUAAAUUGACAUUAUGCCUAUCAAAGGAUAUAAUGAUAAAUGAACAGGAAAUAGACAAAAUAUCUUUACAUUUUUUUUUAUUAAAACAAUUGUGUUCAGCUUUAUUGUUUACUAUGUAAAAAUAAUCAAUAAUACACGUGACCUGUGUAAACUUCUAUAGAUAUAUUUUAUUUAUCGCUAGCAAAAAAGUGUAGUGC